AGAGACCGGGAAAUGUGUGGGGUGAGAGCCCCCCAGGUGCCACCCCCGGGCCCUGGGGUGCUUUCACAAGGUAAAGGAACCCUUGAGCUGCCUGGUCCUGACCAGCAACACCUAUGGCCUGAGUGCUGGCAGAGAGGGCAAGAGUAUGUUUGGCUAUGGGAUCACAGAACAGCUGGCUGCAGGGAAAGCAUCUGCUGGGAUAUUGGAGCUGCUCGAGAUUAAAAUCCAGCCUGUUGUAAGACUUUUUACAACCUCACAGCCUCUAAAAGAAAGUGAAAGCCAUGGGCUGGAGCUAUAUAAGCAGUGGGGAGCAGCAGCAGCAGGGCACAGGGAAGCUGUGCAGAGCUCACCUCUCCUGCCUGGAGCUCCAUCGCCUACAGCCCAUCCUCUGCCAGACUCAGCAGCAAAAUGCAGCAGCUGUAUCUUCUCUGCCUCAGUCUCCUGUUGCAGGGACAUAUCCUGAAUGUGCACGGUGGGAACAACGUCCUCGACUGCUGCCUGCGGACAAGCGAGACGCCCAUCCCGCGGUGGAUCGUGCAGGAUUACCGCCUGCAGCUGGUACAGGACGGCUGUGACAUCCCUGCUGCCGUAUUCAUCACCACAAAGGGCAAGCGCCUCUGUGCACCCCUCCAUUCCCCAUGGGUGAUUCGUCUCCAAGAGAGGCUGAAUGCCAGCUCUGUCAAGAGGGGCAAACCCCAGGGCAAGUAGGUCCUGAAGAAGCCAUGGCUGGUCCCAAUAGCUGGAGGGGACCACCUCCCAUCUGUGAAUUUGAUGCUAGUGAAGCCAGCCUGCUUCCACCUCCAGCCUCAGGGCUGACCCUCCUUGAGACUCAUGCCAGCGUAUGGGGCUGGGCAGAGCCCUGUCUGUUCUGUCUCUUUCCCUCUGCCUCCAAUGUGACCCGGCAGGCUGUCAGGCUGAGCCAGGGGCUGCUGGACUCCAUCACCUUUGCAGCCUGGAAGCUGUUUGAUAGACUGAUUUGCGAGGUGAGCUGGGGAGCCUCAGACUUCCCAUCAGCACAGCAGCUGUGACCUCCACCUCUAGUCCCAUCUCUUUGGUUUCCACUGUUAGCCCCAACCUAGAGUUCUUCUAUGUCCCUGGGAAGGGCUGCAAGCAUAGAACAGUGUGGGGAUGGAGGGGAGUGAUGGAGAUGUUCCACAGUGGCCAUACAUUGUGCUGAUCCUUGCCAAGCACAACCCAGAUGCCCUCAGAAAAUGUGUGGCUGAAGUGGUUCCACUCUCACUCCUGAUUUCCCUUCACCAUUUCCCACCUGCCCUUCUUUGCAAGAGUAGAAACACAGCCACAAGUGCAGAGCAGGCAGAGAUGUGGCUCCUAGCCCCUGCUCUCCUCUGGGACAUUGCACCCUUUCUCAGUCCCCCAGCCUGACACCACUGUCCAGCCCUGCGCCGUGCCCACGCCUGGAGCUCAUGCUGCUCUCAGGUUAUUUGCUGCUAGAUCUGUUCAUUGCAACAAUUCCAUGUGUAUGCCUCUUCCUUACUUUCUUUUGUUUUAUUAUGCUGGGGUUUUGUUAAAUAAAAAGAAA